GAGAACCAAACUUCAGUUACAACUUCGACCCUCCUCGGAAUAGGACGCAAAAAUACAAUCGUCCGAGACUUGUGCAGUUUGAAUGACCGAUUUAUAACACCCCCAUCUCUUGAAACUGCUUAUAAGAGAGUGAGUGAGGGAGAGACACAGUUUCCAAAAUAUUCAAAUACUAGUGUUUCGCAUUGAAACUGGUGCGACGGAAAGUGGUUUAUCUCGUGGAGGAUUGUUAAGUUUCUGGAAACGGCUACAACGAUUUCUUGCCGCUAUAACAAAUGAGUGUGAUAUGUUUCGGUGUGUUACGCAAGCGAUAAGAAAAGAUGCUGUCUGCCGAGAAGUGAUGAGAAGAUGAAAUGAAAAACGUGUGACUUUGAAGCGAUCAAACACAGAAGAGCGAACCAGAGUGUGGGAAGCAAUUAUCACGGCGGAUGAAAAGUGCGCGAAUCGGAAUGAUCGAAAUUAUAAUCCAAUGAAAUAAUUGGCACAAAAAUGAAUUUAGAGUCAACGACUAGAAGUGAUUGUUAAAGUGAUUUGGGGGAGAUAAUUAGUUCGUGUUUGGUCCCAAACAGCCAAAAUUAGUGUCUUCAUGUGUUUAAACUGCGUGUGGGUUACCCAGCUCCUUCCUACGUAUUGAUUCCUGUUUACCGAAGAAAUGAUCUACUCAACGAUGGAUUUUCUGAAAAGUUUGCUAUUCCUCACUUUGGUGGCAUCUAUUGCCGCCCGCUCUACACUGAUGAGUCGAAUGGACAUCGCACCGAAGGGAUGCAAAUGGCAGCGGGUGUUCGACGAGAAUGCAGAAGACGAAAAUACCGUGACGACUGUCCUUUCCUGUAAGCUGAAAACAAUCGGCGGCACUGACACCCUGAUGCGUAAUUUGAGCUCCUACCAAAUCGAGCGCAUCAAUUCGCUCAAGCUCGAGUGCAGUGAUAUUUUGUUUUUCGAGAGCUCUCUUGAAGCCAAUCAACAUUCGGGUGCAUUCCUUGGUUCCCUGAAACGCCUACGCGACCUCAAGAUCGAAUACUGUAAAAUAAAGUACGUGCCUUCGAUGGUCCUAUCAACUCUGAGGGACCUCCGCUCGCUUUCGCUAAGGACUCACAACACCGAUUGGUCCGCAAUGAAUUUGGAGUUUCACCCGGAAAGUUUCCGUGGGCUUACUGAGCUCAAACGACUCGAUCUGGCCGAUAAUAACAUUUGGAGCUUGCCAACGGACGUAUUUUGUCCACUGUUUUCCUUGCGGCAGCUGAAUCUGACUAAAAAUCGACUCACUGACAUUUCCCAGCUUGGAUUCUCCGACUGGGGGAAUGGACCAACCGCACCCGGCAAAGCCUGCAACACCGGUUUGGAAGUUCUCGAUCUCUCUUACAACGAUAUUUUAACACUGCCUGAUAAUGGCUUAUCAUCAUUGCGAUCGCUCAACAUUUUACUGCUCCAGGACAAUCUCAUGAACUCUUUGGCUGAUCGCUCUUUUGUCGGCCUCGGUUCACUGAAAGUCCUAAACAUGUCAAGCAACAAACUGGUUGCUCUUCCUCCGGAGCUGUUCCAAUCUCCUCGUGAGCUCCGUCAGAUUUACCUGCAGAAUAAUUCACUCUCAGUCCUGGCUCCUGGCUUGUUGGAAGGCCUUGAUCGGCUCGAAAUCCUGGAUCUGUCCCGCAAUGAACUCACAUCCGAAUGGAUCAACCGGGAUACUUUUGCCGGCCUCAAACGUCUUGUAGUGCUGGACAUCAGCUUCAAUAGCCUCACAAAAAUCGACCGACACGUAUUCCGUGAGCUCUACAGCCUCCAGGUGCUGAACCUUGAGUCCAAUCUGAUUGAAACCAUUGCCGACAAUGCAUUCAGUGAUCUGAAAAAUCUCGUCGCACUUACCCUAUCGAACAACAAGCUGAAACGAAUCGAUCAGCACCACUUCAGCGAGUUGUACGUCCUCAACCAGCUCUACAUAGAAUCCAACGUCAUCGAGUCGAUGCAUCCCCGAGCCUUGGAAAAUCUUACCAACCUUAAUGACCUCAACUUGAAUGACAACCGUUUGACGGAAAUUCCGGAAGGGCUCGGCAAACUGCGCUUCCUGAAAUCGCUCGAUUUCGGUAAAAAUCGAAUCGUCACCGUCUACAACGCAUCCUUCGAGGGUCUGGAACAAUUGCUCGGCCUCCGGCUGGUGGAAAAUCGAAUUACGAACAUUUCCCGGGACGCAUUCGUUACCCUUUCGUCGCUGCACGUGCUCAAUUUGGCUUCGAAUCAGAUUCGUCACAUCGAUCAAUCGGCGUUCAGCUCAAAUCCGACGAUUAGAGCGAUUCGGUUGGAUAACAACGAGCUGGAGGACAUCAGCGGGGUGUUUACAUCGCUGCCGGCGCUCGUCUUUCUGAAUGUGUCGGAUAAUCAGAUUCGGAACUUUGAUUACAGUCAUCUGCCGCCGUCGCUGGAGUGGUUGGAUAUGCAUCAGAACAAUAUCACCGAGCUGGGAAAUUAUUACGACUUGAACAAUCUGCAAAUCAAGAUGUUGGACGUUUCGUUCAACCGGCUGGUGUCGGUGGAUAACAAAAACAUUCCGGAUAGCAUUGAGACGCUGUUUUUGAAUAACAAUAUUUUGGAGGAAGUCGCAGCGGGUACGUUUCUGAAUAAGAAGAACCUUGAAAAGGUGGUGCUGUAUGGUAAUUAUAUUAAGAAGUUGGAGAUUGGAGCGUUGGCGUUGACUCGAGUUGGAGACGACAGAGACAUGCCACAGUUCUACAUUGGCGACAAUCCGAUUCAUUGCGACUGCACGAUGGAGUGGCUGCAGGGUAUCAAUAAGCUGUCCCAUAAGCGGCAGCAUGCCCGGGUGAUGGAUUUGGACACGGUGAUGUGUACCAUGGAGCAUGAACGGGGGGCGUCGAUCCGUCCGUUGAUGGAUUUGAACACACACGAUUUCCUGUGCCAGUAUGAAACGCAUUGCUUCGCUACGUGCCAUUGUUGUGAUUUUGAUGCUUGUGAUUGUAAGAUGACUUGCCCGGAUCGGUGUAGUUGCUACCAUGACCAUACCUGGAAGACAAACAUUGUCGAUUGCGGCAAUGCUGACUAUACUGAGGUUCCCGAGCAUAUUCCGAUGGAUGCCACCACCAUCUAUCUGGACGGUAAUGAUUUGAAACAGCUGGGAAGUCAUCAGUUUAUCGGGAAGAAGAAAUUGGAAGUGCUUUAUCUGAACAAUAGUAACAUCGCUAAUGUGCAUAAUAGGACAUUUAAUGGGAUUCCAAGUUUAAGAGUGUUGCACCUGGAGAACAAUUACAUUGAAGAACUGCGUGGUUUUGAGUUUGAUCAAUUGACCAAUUUGAAUGAACUGUAUUUGGACCAUAACAAAAUUGGCUACGUUGGUGACAAAGCUUUCGAGAAUCUGAAGUUUUUGGAAGUGAUCAAUCUGAGUGACAAUAAAAUAAGUGGAUUUUCGCCUUGGCAAGCAUUGACUGCGGCGUCAGAGACGGGGUCGUUGCGGCAGGUUUCUCUGGAAGGGAAUAGGUGGAAAUGUGAUUGCGAAUCGUUGCACAAACUGCAAAGGUGGAUCAGAGACGUUAGCGGUGAUUUCGACAUUGAUCGAAUGAUUUGUUCGGACAAUCGAGUGGUUGGCGAUGUUAUUAGUUCCUGUGAAAGUCGGAUGGAGUUUGACAACGAAGUGGCCCCACCAGCGGUGCAUCGUACGGUGCUGAUGGGGCACGGACUGAUUGGAGGUGGGUACGUUCCACUCUUGGCCGCAAUAAUUGUGGCAAUUAUCGGGACGGCACUGAUAGUGGCACUGGCUUGUGUCUUCCGGCAAGAUGUGCGGCUGUGGGCGCAUGCCAAGUAUGGUGUGCGAUUAGUGAAGGAUCCAAUUAUAAUGGCCAGCAACCAGCAGGACAGCGACAAACUUUACGAUAGCUACGUUGUGUACAGCAUUCACGAUAACGAGUUCGUUGGAAGACUAUUGGGAGCGGAGUUGCAGCACUACGGUUAUUCGAUUUGUCUACAUCAUCGGGAUGUUCAUUCGAAUACGUUCCUCUCGGAUUCACUGCAGAAUGCAGCGGAUGCUUCGAAGAAGGUUAUCUUAGUGGUGUCGAUGAACUUUUUGCAAAACGAGUGGUCUCAGCCCCAGUUUCGUGUUGCUCUGCAAUCGGUGAUUGAAAACAUUCGGCCAGCUUACCGGAGACACAAGAUUGUGGUCGUGCUGACUGCACCCGUGGAACUGGUGGCCAUGGAUCCCAUCAUGAAUCUUCUGAUACGAACGUGCACCGUUGCAUGCUGGGGUGAACGUAAAUUCUGGGACAAGCUUCGGUACGCCCUACCGGACGUCAACAAGGAUCGAACGCUGAAAAAGUUGGGCGACAUUACGCGGAGCCCCAACCUUCGGUACACUCCGGCUCCGACUGCUUUGGAUCAGUGGUGCAAAAUCAGUCAUCCGGGAGUGGCCAUGCCGGUAGCCGUACCUCAGAGUACACCUUCACAGAGUACCUGCAACACGGAGGACGAGUCCUCCUCGGCUUCGUCGCAGCAUUACGAGGCUCCGCAGUCCCACUACAACAUGAGCCGCUCCAGUGCCUCGCUUGGUCACGUGUACUCCACGAUACCGGAGACGCCCCAGAUGGGACGCAACGGAAGAGCUUAUUUCGUGUAAGAUAUGCCUGUGAACCACUAGACUAAACUGCUACUUUGUUUUGUAGUUGUAUACAAUUAUGUUAGCUUAACUCUCAGUUACUCUGUGUGAAAUGUGUAUAUUUGUACAGUAAACAAACCAACAAAUCUCAUAGUCAUGUUAUGGAUCGAGUCAAUUCAGUUCGUUUUCAUAAAAAUGUUACAGGAACGUUACAUUGAUUACACAAAUAAGGCAAGGAUUUUACGCUUGCUGCAUUUCUUAUUUGCCAAAUAUAAUUAACGGUGUAUUAUGAUUCGCUCAAAGAUACUAUUAUAUAGGAUUGAAAUCGGAAUCGAAAAAUGUCAUACGCUAGAAACUAUUUUAACCCCCAUUUUCGGAACGAGUGUACUUCAGAAACGAAGAGAAUGCCCAAGAAGAGAACAAUUAUGACUUAAUAAACGUGAUACUAGUUUUUAUAAAUUACUAUUAUUAACUGAACGAAAUAAAUUGACUAUUAAUCUUAAGUGUAUUCAAUGCCAGAUAACAAAGCUACAUAAAUAAAUUUCAUAUAUUUAAACAAAAAUCGGCCUGCAUAGCCGAACUACUACUUGAUAAUAAUUUCGGCGAGUCUCCAUGGGAAAAUUAAAUAUGUUACAGAAAGGAAAAGGAGACGCGACAGAGUUAUUAGUUACCGCCAUUAGAUGUAUAUUGAGAAUACAAAAAAGCAACUACACACUGCAAGCCCUAGAGCUCCAUACAAAAAUUUGUAUAUUUGAUUAUAGGAUAAUAAUUUAUUUCUAACGGAAGAAAAAGAACGAAAUACAACUCUCAAUUGAUGAAAACAAA